GGCGGAAAUGCCGGAAGUGACGUCACGGAAGGGGCGGGGCUUCCUCGAGUUUCCCGCGCGCGCUGAGGCGGCUCCGGGACAGGCAUGGAUCAGUCCCGGUUCCGUUCCAGGCUGGAAUUCUGCCCCGAGUGCGGCUCGGUGCUGCCCCGGCCCGGCCCCCCCAGCUCCAUCUGCUGCCCCCGCUGCUGCUUCAGCCUCCAGUGUGAAGAUUUCGAGGGCUGCAGCGUGCGGAGCCGCCUGGAGCUGACCCCGCUGGAGGCCGGGGGGGGGAGGGGCAGGGACGGCCCCGCCCCCCCAGAGGGACCCACGGUGGAGCGGCGCUGCCCCCGCUGCGGGCACGAGCAGAUGCGAUUCCACACGCGCCAGAUGCGCUCGGCCGACGAGGGCCAGACGGUGUUCUACAGCUGCCCCCGGUGCAGGUUUCAGGAGAAGGAAGAUUCCUGAAAAUUCCGGAUUUUUCCAGAAAUUCCGGAUUUUUCCGCGGUUUCGGGAUCGUGUUUGGUGCUGGAAAAGGAAUAAAAGCGACCCCCCAAAAUUUGGGGUGGGGUUCAGGACCCCAAAAUUGACCCCAGACCCUUUUUGGGGACCCCAAAAUUGACCCCAGACCCUUUUUGGGACCCCAAAAGCGACUCCGGCCCAAACUUGUCCCCUGCGCCGCUCCGUACCCUUCCCACAAUCCCCCUCUUCCCGUACGGCCGGAAGUGCUCGCCCUGCUCUCUUCCACCGGAAGUGCGCACACCGAGGGGGACCGGAUUCGCUGCCGCACUCACCGGAAGUGGCGCGCUCUGCGCACACCGGAAGUGGGGGCGGUGUCGGGCGCUGCACCGGGGGCGGCGGCGAGAGCGGCCCGGCCCUUCCCAGUUCCGCCCCCUCCCCAUCCCAGUAACGGGGCCCUCCCCUCCCAGUACCGGGCAGCUCCUCCCAGUACCGGGAGCCCCCGCGGGGCCAUGGCGGAGGCCGCGGACAGCGGCGGGUGCGGCACCGCCACCGUCACCGAGAGCGGAACCGUUGAACCGGAGAACCGCAGCCUGACGCUGAAGCUGAGUGACCACUGGUGACCCUGAGUGACCCCUG